AUGAGUUCGAAGUUGAAAGGAAGCCGACUGGAAGCCGAAGUGGACAAGUGCCGUUCGGAAUGCAACUGGAAACGUCUUGGCGAUCUGCUGCUCUCGAUUCGCAGCAAGAACAGUGGCAUGGAGCACUACGGGGAUCUACUGCAAGCGGAGUACAUCAUCGAAUCGUUUGUCGAUCGCAGUAUGGAACUCGAAAAAGCUGCGAAACUUCUCAGCACUACACUGGAAUCAUCGAUUUCGGAGAAGACCACAGUACAUUUGGAGGCCAAUUUGCUUCUCGCAAAGCUCCAUUAUUACUGCGCAGAGUUUGAGCAAGCUGUCCAGUGUAUCGAGAAAUCUCGAUUAGAAUAUGGCGACACUCCUUUUGAGUCACUGCGCGAUCUUCGUCUCGUUGCUGAAGCUUAUGCCAUCAAAGGUUUAGCAUUUUUAGGAAAAACUUUUGUUCAGAGUACGGUUAAAUCGCGCAUGAGAGCAUUGUUUUGCUUUGAAAAAUCCGCUGAACUUGCAAUAUCAUAUGUUCAGGAACUGGAAAAAUCGAUUAAUUCACAGACCCGAGUAUUUAUGGACUUUCUUCCACACUUUUUCCCUGGAAUUAUUGUAAUUGGUUUUUGGUAUUUCUUCUCCUUAAAUUUCCUGGGUUUAUUUUGUAGUACCACCAGCAAAUUUGCUGCUUAG